GUUGAAUGGUGACCUUAGGCUUGUUGUAUUAGAGCGGUCAAAAAUAUACUUCACUAAAUUUUUUUAAUGUGAUUACAGGAAUAAUUAGGCUGAUGAUAAAUGAUUUUCUCAAUUCACUGUUUGUACAUAGAAAUGCGCUACGUCAGCCAUCUUGUGCGCGCUACGUACGCACUACGUAGACGUGGUGGGUAACAACUUACUUACAAUCUCUGGAAAUUUUUAACGUUGUCGCUCCAGAUUCUCCAGAUAAUUAGUGCCUGAGGAGUUAGUGUAUUUGAUGUUUGAUGGAAAAUAAGCUCUUCGUCUCUGAAAUGCCAGUUGAUGGUUGUGAAAAAUCUUCAAGACCUGCCGACACUGGUGUUAUCGCUCACGGUCAUCAUGAUCAAGAAAAAAGAGUUCGUAGGGAAAUUGCUAAUAGCAAUGAGCGACGGCGGAUGCAAAGUAUCAACGCUGGGUUCGACUCUCUGCGGAUCCUAUUGCCAUCCAUAUCGGACGGGGAAAAAAUGAGCAAGGCGACAAUUUUACAAUUGACUGCCAAAUAUAUCAACACGCUACUCAUGCGUGUUAGUUUGCUGGAAAGCGAAGUAGCUGUGUACCGACAAUCAGCUGGUUUGCAACUAAAUCCAGUCUCAUCAGAGUUGUCUGGUUCAUCCGUGACUUCCAGGAAACGCAAAUCUGAUGAUUUAAAGGACCGGCCGGACUGUAUUCGGAAUCGACGUCGACGAGUUGAGAUCGAAGGGAUAUACGACUCAUCUCGCACGAGUUACGUCCACUUUUCUCCUGAAAGCACCGAUACACACCAGUCAUCCCCACUUACAUCUUUCAAUAGUAGCACAUCGAUCUGUUCAGCAUCUCCUCAGCCUGACAGCACAAGCAGUACUGCUGCACGACUCGAACAUUUGGUGAUGGCAAUUGAGCAGAUUGAGGGGGGUGGCGCUCUUAAUGUGUCUCCACAACCUGAAAGUCAUGAUGAGAGCUUCUCCACUGGAGACCACUCACCUCCGGAAACAUACUGGCAUAGUCCACAAGAAAAUUAUCACGGAUAUGCCUAUGUUGAUGCCCAAACAUCUAAUCAAAAGUCUAACAAUUUGUUUGCUGAUUCCCUCCUGCUUACUCCAGUAUCGGAAAUUAAUCCCUCUUUAAAUACUAGUGACAAUGUCCAGACUCACAAUACUGAGGAUUACCCUAUUGUAGCAAAACUCCUUAACCGCCCUAUUCCUCACAAAUACCUCCACAGGCCUCAAGUUGUGGUUAAUAGUUCCCACUGAUUUCCUAUUUCUUUUAGUUUCGCAUUUUCAACUCCUAACUUUGUCUGGAUUAAUCCGUAUGAACUCCGCUUGCGGAAGUUUUCUUAGCACGGUGUAUAUACGUAUAUUUGGGGUUUAUCAUGUUAUUUCCCUGGAACUUAACUAUAUAUUUUGUGAUCUUUUAUAUCUUUAGUUUUUCGUUUGUUUUGGGUGUGGUUUACUAAGUUUUAAGCCAUCUAAGGUUCUUAAUGUCUAGCACUUUUUGUAUUUUGUAAAAUAAUGGUUUGUUUUCCGUUGUGUAAAGCUGACCAUAAACCUGAGUGGACAUUUUGCAGACUACGUAAAUGUUCUCAUAUCUUUUGACGAUUUCAAUUAAAUUGUUCUUGAGUG